AUGCCGUCAAACGAAUAUGAUGCUGAGGCUACAGAGUUACUCGAGACUUAUGACUUCCUCAUGAAGUACAUCAUUAUCGGGGAAGCCGGUACAGGCAAAUCCUGUCUACUGCAUCACUUCACCCACAAUUCCUUCAAAGAUCACUCGCAACAUACCAUAGGAGUGGAGUUCUCUAGCAGAACUAUCAAAUUAGGAGAGAAAAGAAUUAAGUUACAGUUGUGGGACACGGCCGGCCAAGAAAGGUUUCGAUCUGUCACCCGGAGCUAUUACAGAGGAGCGGCCGGAGCUGUCCUUGUCUAUGAUAUAACAAACCGAGCUUCGUUUCUCAACUUGCCACGAUGGCUAGCGGACGCAAGAGCUCUUGCUAGCUCAAGUCUGGUCGUUGUACUUGUAGGCAACAAGUCGGAUCGUGAAGACGAGAGGGAGGUCGAAUGGGAUGAGGCGAACCGAUGGGCAGCCGACAACAACAUUCAUUUCCUUGAGGCUUCGUCUCUAACGGGCGAUAAUGUUGAAGCGCCCUUUCUGUUAGCCGCACGCUCAAUCCUGCUCGCUAUUGAGUCCGGAACUCUGGAUCCAGAGAAAGCGGGCAGCGGCGUUAGUUAUGGCGAUCGUGCGCUUCGUCGUGUCAAUAGCUCUAGUCGACUGAGCUUUGGGAGCCUCAGUGGGAAACGGAAAGGAUCGGGAGGUUUCAAGCUCAAGAACCUGGUGCCGGGAAAGCGUUGUUGUACGGGUUGA